GUCAGGCCGCCCGUCGAGCAGAACGUGUUGCCAUUUUGGUUCCAUACAGAGACAGACAAGAACAUUUAUCAAUUUUUAUGACUGAAAUAGAACAUUUUCUUCGGAAGCAAAACGUAACGUUCCACAUAUUUAUCAUCGAACAGAGUUUAAAUGGUGCUUUCAAUAGAGCCAAGUUGUUCAACGUUGGAUUCAACGAAUCUCGCCUCAUAAGUAACUUCAGCUGCUACAUAUUUCAUGACGUCGAUAUGCUACCAAUGUCACCAGACAACCACUAUCACUGCGGGGACAGCCCUAUUCAUAUGGCAGUUGCCGUUGAGAAAUUUGGUUUUAAGUUACCGUAUAACGACUACGCAGGUGGUGUAUUAGCCAUGACAGGAGAGCAAUUUCAACGCAUUAAUGGUUUCCCCAACCUGUACUAUGGCUGGGGAGGUGAAGACGAUGAUAUCGUAUUGAGGAUUCGAUCAGCUGGAUUUCAACUUAUCCGGCCAUCGAUUGUUGUUGGAAAGUACAAAUCGCUCGACCAUAAACAAGCUGAGGAAUCGCCGGGAAGGCUCAAUUUGUUGGAAAACGCCAGUAGCAGAAUUGCCACCGAUGGAAUCAAUUCCUUAAACUAUACUCUGCUAUCAAGAACAAUUGAAGGAACAAAAGUACAUAUAAUUGCCGAUGUUGGAAGUACAUAAAUUAGUAUGCUUAUCAAAUUAUAUAAGUGUUUUGUGCACCUCGAAGCCAAAAUUUACUACAUGUCUUUUUACGAAUGAAGUUAAACAAAAACUAGUUGCACAGACUAAACAAUCAAUCGACGCUCACUAGAGCAUUUUAUAAAUGAAGAUCGGAUCCUGGCAUUGCUGACCCUUUUGCAAUAAAUGUUAUGAAAUGCAGAUUAUUGAACACUUUACUGGAAUAAGUCGAUUUUUGUGACGUACAAUGUAUGUUUUAAAUAACUGAGCGUCCUUUUGCUUACCAGGCAUUCAAAAAAUCAUGGGAGGUGAAGGCAUAGUAAUUUAUCAGGAAACGAAUAUACAACAAACAAUCAAAUAUUAACACAGAAUGAUUUGAACAUGCCCAAUUAUGACUUGAAUACCCAUGCUACUGCUCGUGUUUCGAUAACGGGGCUUAUUUUUUGCAUUUUUAUGAAUACAUUUGAAGGAUAUUGUUCAAUCAUUGAUCAUUUUUCCUAGUUCUUUAAGUUCCACUGCGAACAACAUACUCAUGGUGAGCUAUUGUGAUAUCGUGUUGUCCUUUGUCGGUCUAUGUGUGACGUGUGCCCGUCCGUCCCUCCGUCAUUUAAUUCUUAGGCAAAAUAUUAUUAUUUACUCCUGGGCAAGCGUUGAACAACUUCACCGGAAGGUUCAUCAAGAAGUCGUCCAUGAAAAUUGUUUCGGUCCGUUUAUGAAUUAGCUAACGCGGAAAAAGAACUUUUAAAAACGAAAAUUAUAAGAGAAUCUUCGAGACCGUAAGUCUUAAGGUUCAAUAUUUGAUAUGUUGUAUUACAAUAUAGUUCUCUUGAAAAAUGUUUUUUUAAAAGUGCCAACGGUUGUCAACACAGACCUAAUCCAGAGGUCACCGAUUGUAGAUAGAAUUAUAUAGGGAAUACGUUAUCAAAUCUGUUUUUCUAAAACAGCCAAGCACGUGGUUUUCAUCUUUGCUAUGUAUCAUCAUCUAGACGUCCACUGUGAAGUUUGUUCAAAUUAGGACCCUAAGGUCAAAAUUUGCACCGAGCCGGGAGAAAACAAUUUCAUAUAGGGCAUACUUUCAAUUAUCGCAUUUGUGUUAAACCGCCAGACCCAUGGCUUUCAAGGACCACAAUGGAAUAUGGGUUUACUCAUGUUUAUGUUAUCCAUGGAGUUGGUGUGUAUGUUAUGGUAUAUUUAUCUUCAUGAAUGUGAUAUUUUUAUAUUUUGUACAUGUUGUUAAUGCCCAUGUAUGCAUUCCUUGCCGAAAUAAAUCUAUCUAUCUA